AUGGCAUUUAUGGGUGAUGUUCUUAAUCCAUUACCAUUAUGGCAAAACGGCCCUACCCCGGGAUCUUUUUACAAUUUUCCUGGAAAUGCAAGUCUAGGGCCCGUUGGCCGCACUGUACAGGAUUUUAAAGCUCAUUCCGCCAAUCCAAUAACAACGACUACAACUGUAAUUGGCUUAAAAUUUGAUAAGGGUUGUGUGAUUGCCGCUGAUACUCUCGGAUCAUAUGGCUCACUUGCUAGAUUCAGGGACUGCCCUAGAGUGUUGAAGGUUAAUGAUCUCAUUCUGCUUGGUUCGGGUGGAGAUUAUGCUGAUUAUCAAUAUUUAAAGGAUAUUAUUGAGCAAAAAAUAAUUGAUGAGCAGUGUAUUGGUGAUGGUCUGCAGUUAAAGCCUAAAUCAUUGCACUGCUGGCUUACUCGUGUUCUGUACAACAAACGUAGCAAAAUGGACCCUCUAUGGAAUAAUUAUGUUGUUGCUGGUAUUCAGGAUGGAGAGCCAUUCUUAGGAGCAGUAGAUAAACUAGGAACAGCCUAUGAAGAUGCCACAAUUGCAACAGGAAUGGGUGCAUACAUGGCAACACCUUUAUUACGGGAUGCACUUGAAAAAGGACCGCUUGAUGAAGAAUCUGCAAAAGCUCUUGUUCGUAAAUGUAUGGAGGUACUGUUUUACCGUGAUGCACGCUCCUUCCCCCGUUACCAGCUUGGUGUUGUGACAGCUGAUGGAGUGAUUGUUGAAGAGCCCGUGGAACUUAAGCAUGACUGGACACUUGCUCACAUGAUACAAAUGAAGUGA